GUUUAUUCUCAAAAGCACACUCUUCUGUUCUAUUGUGCAAGACUAAUAGAUUCAAUGGAAGUUAAGACAGUCUAAUGAAUAGGAUUACAGCAGGACCUGUUGUAGAAGAGUCUUAGCUGCAAGAUGUUUGGUGUCAUAAGGCCUCUGUGCUUCCUGUGUUGCUUCAUUCUGGACUCAGCAAUACCAAUCAACAGCCCAAAUGAUUUAUAUGCCAGACUUCAAGGGGAUAUAAUGAUAGGAGGACUCUUUCCUAUACAUAAAGAGAUAUCCGAUUUAGCGAUCUGUACUGAGCCGUCUGAGCUUAUCUGCACAGGGUUUGAUUUGCGAGGCUUUUUGAGAUCCCUUGGGAUGGUCCAUGCUAUCGAAAGAAUAAACAGUUUCAAUCUCUUACCUGGUAUCAAAUUGGGUUAUGAAAUUUACGACACCUGUGGAGAUGCAUCCAGAGGUCUUCAAGAAACAAUUAGAUUCACUGGAUAUGAAGAGUUAGCAUAUGAAAUAUUACAUGGAAUGUGCAAUGUUACAGAUCUUCUGCCACUAGUGAAAGCAGUUGUUGGUGCAGGCUAUUCUGAAGUCUCUGUUGCAGUUGCACGACUGCUUGGUUUCCAGCUUGUGCCUCAGAUCAGUUAUGGUUCGACUGCUGCAAUCUUAAGUGACAAACGAAGGUUUCCAUCAUUCCUGCGAACUGUUCCAAGUGAUGUGCAUAUGACUAAAGCCCUUGCUAAACUAAUAAGGAUAUUUAAAUGGUCCUAUGUGGGUAUAAUUUCAAGUGACGAUGAUUAUGGACGCUCUGUUUUGGAAAGUCUAUCAAUGCAGUUUGACAGCAAGUAUGUGUGUACCGCCUUUAAGGAGAAGCUUCCGGCAGAUAUAAGCAAGCCUGGGGUACAUGUAGCCAUAAAAACUGUAACUGAUACAAUAAAGCAGUCUCCUGCUGAAGUUGUAAUUCUGGCUUUAAAAGUGCCAGUUGUUAUGGAACUAUUUAAUGAAAUUAUUAAGAAGAACAUUACUAGAUUAUGGAUUGCUACUGAUUACUGGUCUACAUCCCGAGAGGUGGCUGCAAUGCCAGAUAUUGACAGUGUUGGAAAUAUUCUUGGCCUUUCCUUUAAAAACAUAGAAGUGCCGGGGUUCAGAAUCUAUCUGCGGAACCUGACUGUUGGACCUAAUGCAACAAAUGUUUUCAUAGAAGAGUACAAACGGCUGCGUUUUGAAUGUACAGAUGAGUACAAGGAAUAUAAACACUGCUUAAAGGCAUCACCACGCAACUGCACUAAAUCACAGUCUCUCAAAUUCAAGUCCCCUUUGGCUUGCAGCACAGAAAAUAUUGCCCUGGCAAGUGACGAUUACUUGGAUAAGAAUAUAGAGUUAGACGGAACUUACAGUGCUUACUUAUCAGUUACCGCAAUAGCAAAAGCACUAAACAAUAUAUUAUGCUCUAAUGGAAUUUGCAAUCACAACAUGACAUUUGCUCCAUGGCAGCUUCAUAAAACUUCUAUCCAGUCCCCGGUACAAAUGUGGCCAGCAGAAUCUUGCAACCUUGCUCAAUGGAUUGUUUUAAAUCUAUAUGUGUUUCCCUUGCAGCUGCUAAAAGAACUUAAAAAGAUAGAGUUCUAUGACUAUGAUGAGAAGAUAUUUUUUACUGAUGAUGGAAAUGCCAAUAUUGGCUACGACGUAGUUUCAUGGUAUACAGUUAAUGGGUCCAUGGAAUUUCAUGUUGUUGGAAAUUAUGAGCUAAGUAAUGGCUCUAUUUAUUUGAAUAAAUCCCUUAUCAUCUGGAAUACAGAAGAUAAAAAGGCACCUAGUUCCUUGUGUACAAAGCCAUGCAUUCCCGGGCAGUAUAAAAUCCACUCAGAUGUACACUGCUGCUAUAACUGUAGUGAUUGUGCCGAGGGCUACUAUUCAGAAUCUUAUGAUAUGACGGAGUGCAAGAAGUGUCCUUAUGAUCAGUGGUCUAAUAAAGGAAGUGCAUAUUGUGAAAAUAGGACAAUUGAAUAUUUGGAGUGGACAAACCCCUUUGCAGUUGUUCUUUGUGGUUUUGCAUUAAUUGGUUUUGUAAUAGUGGUAAUUGUGGGAAUAGGAUUUUUACAACAUGUUGCAAGUCCAGCAGUUAAAGCAGCAGGUGGUAUUUACAUCUGUGUUAUGAAUUUCUCCCUACUAAUCAGCUUUGCUAACUCUAUAUUAUUUAUUGGCGAGCCAAGAAAUGUAUCUUGCAAGAUCAGACAGCCACUUUUUGGUGUUAGUUUUACUCUUUGUGUAUCCUGCAUCCUAAUAAAAUCUUUUCGCAUUGUGCUGGCCUUUGAGAUGGGGAACAAAUUUCAGCACAGUAUAAGGAUAACCUAUCAACCAGCCAUAGUGGUUAUUGUAUUGACCGCUUUUCAAGUUUGUAUUUGCACUUUGUGGCUUUUACUGCGAGGUCCCUGUAUCAAGAAUAUUGUCCUCAUUCCCCAGACACUCAUAGUUCAGUGUGAUGAGGGAUCCACCAUUGGAUAUGCAAUAAUGUUGGGGUAUAUUGGCUUCCUUGCUUUUGUUUGUUUUGUCUUAGCUUACAGAGGUCGGAAUUUGCCUGAUAAAUACAAUGAAAGUCGUUGUAUUACAUUCAGCAUGCUCAUUUACCUCUUUGUAUGGUUUGCAUUUAUACCAGUUUAUGUGACCACCAAUGGCAUGUAUCUUCCUGCAGUGGAAAUGGUGGCCAUAUUGGCAUCCAACUAUGGUGUAUUGGGCAGUCAUCUGAUACCCACAUGCUACAUUAUAUUUUUUAAAAAAGACAACAACAAAAGAGAAAAAUACCUGGAAAGUAUACAGUCCUUUUCCAAAGUUAAAUGUGCAGUUGAUUAUCAUGUUCCUGAAAUCUCCAGAUCUCAGUAUCAGGCAAAACAGCUUUGUUUUGUUCACCGAAUGCGAAAAAGAUGUAAAAGUGUCUAAAUAAAAGGAUUAUCAAUAAAUGUAAUGUGUUAUCUUACAGCAACUCUUUAAUUUAUUAUAUCAUAAUCCAGGAUUUGGUUCGGGAUUCGGCCAAGAUUCAGCCUUUUUCAGCAGGAUUUGGAUUUGGUCGAAUCCAUGGUCCUGGCCGAACCGAAUAUGAAUCCUGAAAAUCAUGUGACUUUUUGCCACAUAAAUUUGGCCUUUUACGCAUCCCUUUAUAUACACUUAGAAUUUAGAAAGCUUUAGUUCUGCACUAUAGGUACAGGUAUGGGAUCUGUUUUCUGGAAACCCAUUAUCCGGAAAGCUUUAAAUUACGUGAAGGCCAUCUCC